AUGGCUGCGGCGCCGGGGCUGCUCUUCUGGCUGCUCGUGCUCGGGCCGCGCUGGCGGGCGUCGGGCCAGCAGGACCCCGGCCCCGACCCCGACCGGCGCUUCUCGGAGCACAAGCUGUGCGCGGACGACGAGUGCAGCAUGUUGAUGUACCGAGGUGAAGCGCUUGACGACUUCAUAGGCCCAGAUUGUCGUUUUGUGAAUUUUAAAAAAGGUGACCAUGUGUACGUCUACUACAAACUUGCAGGGGGGUCCCCUGAAGUUUGGGCUGGAAGUGUUGGUCGUGUCUUUGGAUAUUUUCCAAAAGAUUUAAUCACAGUACUUCAUAAGUAUAAUAAGGAAGAACUAAGAAUUCCGGCUGAUGAGACAGAUUUUGUCUGUUUUGAUGGAGGAAGAGAUGAUUUUGAUAAUUACAAUGUAGAAGAGCUUUUAAGUUCUCUAACUAAAGAGUCUGAAAAAACUGUAGAAAAUGUUUCGCAGCAUGCAGAAAAGUCUCCUGAUGUGUCUAAGGAAAGUGAACUUGAUCCGGAGCCCAUGGAAGGCGACUCAGGGGACCCAGAAAGUGCAUUCUCAGAAAGCACAAGUAUGCUCCAGGAACAGUUUUCGGCUCAGAAGAGCCACCCUCAUGGCAUUAGUCCAGUAGAUAAUGUACAAGAAGAGCAAUCUUCAUUUGAAUCCUUUGAAGAAAUACUGAAAGAUAAAUUAAAAGUGCCAGAAAGUGAAAACAAAACCAGCAACAGUUCUCAGGUCACAAAUGAACAGGAGAAGAUAGAUGCUUAUAAGCUUCUGAAAACAGAAAUGACUCUAGACUUGAAAACCAAAUUCGGCUCAACUGCUGAUGCGCUGGUGACUGAUGAUGAGUCCACCCGACUGGUCACCUCACUAGAAGAUGACUUUGACGAAGAACCGGAGGCUGAGUACUAUGCAAUAGAGAACGAGGAAGAGGAGAAUACAGACGACGGCGGUGAGCUGCCUUUACUCACCCUUACAGAUGAAGAAGACAAGAGAACACGGGUGAAGCCCGGAGUGGACAGAUACUCAGCAGAUGAGCUGAUCUUGAAUGAGGAAAAUAAGAUGGAGGCGUCUCUGCCUCCUGACAACAAAAUUGAUGAUCAAAAUAUACUGACAACCUGGGGGGAUACUUUGUUCUCUAUCGUCACAGGAGGUGAUGAGAAACCAGGUAAGGUGGACUUGGAGAGUUCUAGUUCAGAGGAAGAAAAGGAAGGUGGCCAUACAUUAGCCCCAGAUAGCAAACCGAGGAAACCACAACCAGCGCCAGAGUAUAUGGAUCUUGGGAAAGCAGAAGAUGGGCUCCUUGCAGAAGAUUCCAAAGCAGGUGAUGAGAGAGACUCAGACCUGGACCCUAAACGUCCCAUCAAAAGCAAAGUGAAGGAGAUUGAGGAUUCCAAGAGGCUAGUGCCAGAUGAGGCGGAAUCAGAGAGUGCAAAACCAGAGAGGAUGAGUGCUGAAGGCUCUCUUCAAAGUACUAAGCCUAGCUCCCUGCCAGUUACCGAGAACAGCAAAGGACUCACGUUAAAAUCGGCCUUUGAAAAAAAAGAACACGACCUUAGAGAAACUGUUAUUCAUGUCUCAAAAGAAAUGAACCACGAGAUCUACUCUGGAGAGAGACGGGAAGGCGGCUCACAGAGCGAGGCUGUACCCAGGGCUGUGGGGACAGCGGAGUCCUCGGCUGCUGCAGCGCACUCGGGAGAUGCUCAGCCGAAUGCAUCCCGAGGCGGGGUGGAGGAUGCUGCAGCCGGUGGACCAGAAAGGCACACGCAGGCCGCGGAGCCUCACCGGGAGGAGCUGAAAGAGGGGCCCGUUCUUGAAGCCCACGGCCUAUCCGGACUCUCCUCUCCCGAGGACGCCGGUUUGUCAGGAGCAGCGGAAGAAAGCGCGCCCACAAUGGGAAGAAAUCUUUCCUGGAGACAAGGACGAGGUGAGGUUGCUGUAGCCAGGGAGCAAGGGAACGGGAACAUGGGGCUCUCUGAGGACCAGGCCACCAAGGACCCCAGAGCAGUGCAGGACCCACCGGAAGCCCCUGACCCGGAAGUGCCCGGAGUCCCCGUGGGAAACCCGGAGGCCGAGGAGGGAGAGUUCCCGCCGGAAGAACUCCUGGAGGAUGAGAACGCCGCAAGCGCUUUGCACUCUCAAGACGGUCACUCCCCGGGCAUUGAGGACAGGAGGCCCGGUGUGAAUCUGCAAAAUACUGAGAAGGCAAAUUUGGAAACCCUUAAUCCGGACCCACGAACUGAAGGAAACCAACCAGAAAUCAGCAUGUUUUUGGAGCCUACCCAAGAGAGCGGAACUGCAGCCGUCGAGGCCGGGCGGAUGGCGGGGGAGGCCGGUGGUGAGACGGAGGGCCAAGAGGAAAGCGGCCCGGGCGACGGGAGAGCCCGGCCGCCGUCCGCAGCAAGUGGCCUCCCCGAGGACACAGGCGCCCGGACUCCAGGGCUCAGGGAGGGGCUUCCCAGUAAAGACCCUGACCUGCAGAAAGACAGCCCCGAGCAUGGCGCCAACACCUCAGGCCUUGCAGAGAAGCCUCUGGGAGAAGGGAGCUCGCAAGAGGACCCCGAGGACCUCAUGGGCCCAGGAAGCCGGGGGCCCGCCUCGGACCACCUUGCAGGUGAUGAGCCCCAGCGGGCUCCACCCAUGAUUCCCGACAUAGUGCUGGAGGGCCUCAGGGAAGACGUGCCCAUCAUAAGCAGCUUCUUCAAGGACCAGCAGCCCCUGCACCGGUUCCUGAAGUACGUUAACGUGUAUGAGCUGGAGACCUUGCUUCACGAAAUGUCCCUGAGACUGAAAUCAGCCCAGCACGACAGCUUGCCCUACAAUGUGGAAAAAGUCCUAGAUAAAGUCUUCCGUGCCUACGAAGCGCGGAUUCUGAAUGUGGCCGAGAGGAUGGUUGACGCUCAAGUGAGCAAAAAUAGAGAUUUGGGAUUAAAGGAAAAUGACGUCUUUGAAGAGGCCGCAGUGCUGGAUGACAUUCAAGACCUGAUCUACUUCGUCAGAUACAAACACUCUGGGGUGGAGACCGCCCCCCUGAUCACACCCCCACCUCUGGAGGAAGGCUGGGCUGAACCAAUCGAAGAAGUGCAACCACCCCAGGAAGACAGCUUCUCCCAAGAGAUCACAGGAGAUUUUAGUGUGGAGUCUCUCGAAGAGCCUAGUCUCCUGGAUCAGCCUGGGGCUAGUGACCUCGAUGCCUCCGAAAUGUCACAGAACCCAAGUAUUGAGGAACACACAGACCCAGGUCUUUUUGUCACUGAGGGUCCUGUAGAGGCUGGGGAUGAGCCAAAGCAGCUGGAGACCAAGGUGGAAGAGCCAGCCAGUGCCACGCCAUUGUAUUCCGUCAUUUUUUACUUAAGUCAGAUGCUGGUUGCUUCAUUGCCUGGCGAUGUUCAGCCUGGGUCUGACUUUUAUGGACUGCCAUGGAAACCUGUGCUUGUUACAGCACUCUUGGGAAUCAUUUCAUUUGCUGUUUUCUCCUGGAGAACGAUUCUUGCGGUAAAGAGUAGAGUAUAUCAAGUCACUGAACAACAGAUUUCUGAAAAGUUGAAGACUAUCACGAAAGAAAAUGCAGAACUUGAACAAAAAUUAUCAAGUUAUGAACAGAAGAUCAAAGAAUCAAAGAAACAUGUUCAAGAAACCAAGAAACAAAAUGUCAUUCUCUCUGAUGAAGCAAUUAAAUAUAAGGAAAAAAUCAAGGCACUUGAAGAAACUAAUGAAGUUCUACGUGACAGAACCCAAAGUCUCCGUCUUAUGUUAGACUCUGAAAGGGAACAGAAUCUCAAGAAUCAGGACUUGAUACUGGAAAAGAAGAAGUCCAUAGAAAAGUUAAAGGACAUUAUUUCCAUGAAUGCAUCUGAGCUGUCAGAGGUUCAGAUUGCCCUUAAUGAAGCUAAGCUUAGUGAAGAGAAGGUAAAGUCUGAGUGCCACCGGGCUCAAGAAGAAAAUGCUCGUCUUAAGAAGAAGAAAGAGCAGUUGCAGCAGCAGAUUGAGGAAUGGAGUAAAUCACACGCUGAGCUCAGUGAGCAAAUCAAGUCAUGUGAGAAGUCUCAGAAAGACUUGGAAGUAGCUCUUACAUACAAAGAUGAUAAUAUUAACGCUUUGACUAAUUGUAUUACACAAUUGAAUCGGCUAGAGUGUGACCUUGAAUUUGAGGAUCAAAGCAAAGGAGGAAAGGAGUCAGAUGAAUUAGCCAAUGGAGAAGUGGGAGGUGACCGGAGUGAGAAGAUAAAAAAUCAAAUUAAGCAAAUGAUGGAUGUUUCUCGGACACAAACUGCAGUGUCAGUAGUUGAAGAGGACCUGAAGCUCUUACAACUUAAGCUGAGAGCCUCGAUGUCUACUAAAUGUACCUUAGAAGAACAAAUAAGGAAGCUAGAAGAUGACCGCAGUUCCCUGCAGACUGCCAAGGCGGGGCUGGAAGACGAGUGCAAAAUGCUGAGGCAGAAAGUGGAGAUUCUGAAUGAGCUCUACCAGCAGAAGGAGAUGGCUCUGCAGAAGAAACUGAGUCAAGAAGAGUUUGAGCGGCAAGACAGAGAGCAGCGGCUGUCAGCUGCGGACGAGAAGGUGGUUUCAGCAGCAGAGGAAGUGAAAACCUACAAGCGGAGAAUUGAAGAAAUGGAAGAAGAAUUACAGAAAACAGAACGCUCAUUCAAAAGCCAGAUUGCUGCUCACGAGAAGAAAGCUCAUGAUAACUGGCUCAAAGCCCGAGCUGCAGAAAGAGCUAUAGCGGAAGAGAAGAGGGAAGCUGCUGACCUAAGACACAAGUUACUGGAAAUGACGCAAAAAAUGGCAAUGCGGCAAGAUGAACCUGUGAUUGUAAAACCGAUGCCAGGAAGACCAAAUACACAAAACCCUCCCCGGAGAGGUCCACUGAGCCAGAAUGGCUCUUUUGGCCCAUCCCCUGUGAGUGGUGGAGAAUGCUCCCCUCCCCUGUCAGCUGAGCUACCUGGAAGACCUCUCUCUGCCACACUCAGUCGAAGAGACAUGCCUAGAAAUGAAUUUGGGUCUGCGGAUGGGCUGUUGCCCCGGCCUCGGUGGCCAGUGGAGGCGUCUGGGAAGCAUGCUGCCUCGGAGCCGGGACCAGGCUCGGCGAUGAACAGUAGCUCCAGAAGCUCCUCCCCCGCUAAGGGGCUGUCCGAAGGCAAGCAAACUGUUCGCCAAGAACCUGAAGGGCCCUCAGCUACCAACAUGACCCCUGUGGUGGAAUGUCCAGUUGUAGUUAACAUGGCUAUCAAAGGGCCCUCUUCGUUUCCUGGAUUGGCUCUCGUGGGUGCUCCUUUGGGGGGUCCUGUACCACCACCCAUUCGAUAUGGACCACCACCUCAGCUCUGUGGACCUUUUGGACCUCGGCCACUUCCUCCACCAUUUGUUCCUGGAAUGCGCCCACCACUAGGUUUGAGAGAAUGUGCACCAGGUAUUCUGCCCAUGGAUCCUCGGGGGUUUUUACCAGGACGCAUGCCAUUUAGACCUGCAGGUUCACUUGGUCCAAGAGACCGAUUACCACCUCCAGCCCACGGCCCCCAGGACUGCCCACCACCACUUGCUGCAAGAGACUCCUUGCCUUCAGGCCCCAGAGAUGAGCCGCCACCUGCCUCUCAGAGCAACAGCCAAGACUGUUCACAAGCUUUAAAACCCAGCCCCUAACUUUGACCUCUGACACCGAGUCAGAGAGAAGGCGAACUGUACACUAUACUCAUUACAGUAAGGAUUUCCUUGGCUUCAAAAUCCAAGUUUGUUUUUACAUGGUUAAGCUGCCUGGCAGUGUGCAUUUUUGAGCCAAACAAUUCAAAAAUACCAUUUUCUCUACAUAAAAUCACCCCUUAAGCUAGAACAUCCUUCCAACUUUGAAAUGUGCAAUAAAUACCUGUGUCUUAGUUAAUGUAGCAUAUGUAAUUGCUAAAUGAUUUAGAAUGCCAUAAAAUAUGAACAUUUCCUGUGGAAAUGCUUUAAGAACAUGUAUUUCCAUGACCUUGUUUUUAGUGUAACAAGCUGAGUACAGCGCAGUGGUGUUUACAAGCUUGAUCUUCGUUCUCCUGUAUUUGAUCUCAAAGACUGUUACGCUAAAAAUGUUUACUCAAGGAUCAUAAACUUUAUCUUCCCUGUUGCUAAAGAUCUUUGUAGUAAUAGCUCAUAAAAAAUUGUUUAUUACUA